AGAUAAGCGAUCACGGACGAUGAUAAUUUGUAAACAGCUAUGUUAGUACAAUUAGUGGCUCCGUGAUCGUGAAAAGAUAAUAGCUGUUGUUGAAGAGAAUCAACAAAGCUGUUUUGGUUUGUGUUCGGAAUGUUACUGCAUUUUGUUAUCAAAUAGUGCGUUAGAGCAUGCGCUGAUGCUGUGCGGUUCGCUAUUCCUCACUUAUUGUGGUUGUGAUUUUCUUUAAUCUUAUAGUUUUGAUUGUUGACGUUAUUUCCCUAAUAUAAUAACUUCAUUAUGAUUCAGUUUGGUGAAAGUUUUACGGCAACAUGUACGGAUUCAGACUUUUGACGUUGAUUUAUCAGUUUCCUUGGAUUAUACCGAUUGUGGUUGUGUAUGGUGUGGAGGAGGCGGCAUACCUAAACAGCUUCGUAGACCCGGUGAAAUCGGUGCAGACAAUAUGGCAGCCGCGACACCCCAGAGUCGCAUUCACCACUAACGAGCAGCUAGCCUGUGAUAAGCCAAAUAUCUAUAUUUGCGAAGAACCGCCGGAGACGGUGGCAGCAGACGAGGGCCGGCUUUGCAAUUACCGCAGCGUGCGUUACCACGAGCAGGUGUACCGCUGGGUGGCGGGGCGAGGCUGCCUGCUGUACACGCCCGACUUCCUCUACGUCGCCGGACGCAAUCCCAUACACCUUAGUGCAGGAUGCUUUUAUGGACCUUGGUUCGCGCCUUGUCUCGAAGUCGUGAAAGACGACGGAACAUGUGGUUGCUAUCCAUUCGACCCGAGCUUCGAGGAGGUGGCGAGCGCGGUGCGAGAAGCCAUCAUCCCGGCAGCACACGGCCGUUGGGAGCGCUGCUAUUAUACUGCCAGUGAUUGCUGCAGUCAUGUCAUGGGGAGUAAUAUUAAUAUUACAGAUGACAGUCAAUGUGAGGCGACCUUCGACGGCUGGACAUGUUGGCAUCCGACGCCCUCGGAUACUAUUGUCAACGAAGUGUGUUCAGAAUUCGCCUACUCCAAUGUUGGACCCUCAUGCCAUCAUUUCAGCAACAAGCAAUGCUUCUCUAACGGCAGCUGGGAGCUGCAGACGGACUACACUACAUGCAGCAUCACGCCGCGGCUGCUGCUCCGCUAUCGCAUGAACAUCGCCGUGCUUGCCUUUUCCAUCGCCUCCUGCCUGCCCGCUGUCUUCAUAUUCUUCUUCUACAAGCGACUCAGGAUCACACGAGUCGCACUCCACAGAAAUUUGCUCAUCGCUAUCAUUAUAAGAAACGCUCUCGUCAUUAUUAGCAGAAGUGAGGUGUACAUUGCGGAGCUUACCAGUUCUGGUGAGACAGUGCUGUCGCAGCACGGCGCGUGGUGCCGCGUGCUAGCGGUAUGCGAACGCGUCGCGGCCAACGCGGUCUUCGUAUGCAUGCUGGUGGAGGGCGUCUAUUUACACCGUCUCAUCGUUGCCGUAUUUCGAAGCAACAUUAAAAUAAAGUGGCUCUACGGAGCUGGUGCAGUGAUUGCGUUAGUCCCUGCGCUGGCGUGGGCUGUGGUGAUGAGCCAGCUCAACGAUCAUUCUUGCUGGAUCGUGUACACGGUAGCACAUGUACAGUGGAUCCUGGACGCGCCGCGGGUCGCCAUACUUCUUAUCAACACAAUGCUCUUCAUUGAUAUACUGAGGGUGUUGCUCACGAAGCUCCGGAACUCGGAGAACGCUAAUCAGCUAAGUACAGCGAAGGCGACAUUAUUCCUGAUGCCUCUGUUCGGGACGCAGUUUCUGCUGACGGCGUUCAGGCCAAGCACUACCGACUGCACCUGGGAGCAGCUGUACUACUAUUUCUCCUACACACUGGAAGCCUUGCAAGGGUUCAUUGUCGCCUUGCUCUAUUGUUAUGUCAAUAAAGAGGUACAUGCACUAGUUAAAGCUACAUACAAGAAAACGGAGAACGCAGUUAAUUCACGAGUUCGAGGCACAAAUUCUCGAGGCAGUCUCGAAGCGAAUUCCACCAGGCGAUUCACUUACAGCACUAACCUGCCAUCGCACAACGUUGACGAUGUUAAAGACCACUACACCAGUAUGAAGCCGAAACUACACGUAGCAGAAAUAAUGUCUAUACCAGCUACAGAAAGACUUGCAGAAAUAUUAGACCCUAUCUACGAGACCGUAGAAAAUGGUCUAACGAAUGAAGGAUAUGAUUAUCUCAAGAGAACUGAACACGAUGACGAUUCAGGCAUAAUCCCAAACAGAGCAUCUAAUGCUGACGACGAUGACGGUAUUAAUAAACAUUCUAGUGUUUCAUUAGAUUACCCACAAUGGAUAAAAAGAAAAAAUGCACCUACCGAAUGUUUUGAUGAGGAAACAUUAUCUAACACAGAUAACAUUAUAGAUAAUACAGAAACUGAUCCAAAUUACGAAAUUAUUUCCAUACCAUUAGGAAAAAAUAUUGAAGAUGUUAAAAAAACGGAUAAUCCUAAAGAUGGUAGCAGCGGAAUGGAAUCGGAAUAUGAGGAUUGCGAGAAUAUGCUCGACGAAAUAAUGCAAUAUAUUGAUUCAAGUGACAAAGCAGACGUAGUUUUGGAUCCGAACAUUCUUUCUCCGAACAGGAAAACUGGAGAUAAAAUACUUUUUGUCAAUGAAUAGAAGAAAUAAAAAUUACAGCAUUUUGAACUUUAUUAAA